AUGAGCAAACAACAAAAGCCUUCUUCAGCAUCGAGUCCACCACCCGAAUCGGUAAAGAGAACUCAGAUUAUAUACCCUGUUUAUAUUGAUAAGAAUAAAUCAUUGAGUGAAGGACGAAGGAUUCCAAAGGAUAAAUGUGUGGAGAAUCCGAAGGCUUCAGAGAUUGUUGAUAUUUGUGAAUAUUUGAAAAUUCCGUAUGAAUUUGAGCCAACAAAACGACACCCUCAAGAACCUUUUGAAUUUGGAAGAGUGAGAGUUCUGUUGAAAAAAGAUCACGUUCCUCAACUUCAAUGGAAAACAAAACAAGAUUUAUUGAUUCAUAUUGCUUCAUUGAUUCCAAAUCUUCAAACAAGAUUGGCCAGCAAGGAAGAAGCUUCAUCGUCAACAUCGGGAGCUGCAUCUUCUUCCGCUACCACAACAUCCACUGCUGCUGCCAAAUCAGGAGGUGGCUCCAAACAAAAAUCAAAAGGAGGAAAGAAGAAGAAAUAA